AUGGAUUGCUAUCCAAAAUUACUCCUAAUUAACAUUUCAGAAUUGAAAAUAUCUAAAAUAAUUCCAAUAAAUAUAUAUUACCUCACUUAUAAAAAAGAAUAGCAAAUAGUUAAUCGAAUGAGAAAAAUGUUGAUUCUCGCAUUUCAAUUGGGAAUACAUUAAAAUAGAUUGAAAGAAAAAUUAAAGCUAAGGAUAUCAUAUUAGCUUGAAAUUCCAUCUAAAGUAAGUCAAAAAAAAUAUGUGAAGUUUGAUGGAAUCUACUUUGAAGGAGAAAAAUAUUGUUUAGAAUUAGAGUUUUAAGAUAAAAUUGCAAAUAUUAGAUAAUAUUACAAUUACAUCAACAUAUCAAUAUUCAUAAAAUCAACUGUUAAUUUUUAUAAGGCUUGCGUAUCAAAAAGGAAUAAUGGAUAAUUAGUAAAAACACUACUUAAAUUAAAAUGGUGGUGGUUGGUUGAGGAGAAUUACAAAGACAAUUUUAACUUUUUAUGGGAAUCUUCACGAAAUGACAAUUUUAUAAUUACAAUGCCAUACUAGGAAUAAGACAAUAAUUAUAAUUGUAAUGUUUCAGAAUAAUAAGGUGACUAAGAUAUUCUAUUGAAUGACAUCCUUAUGGAAAAUUGCUUCCUAAAAAUUCACAAAUUAAAUGAGUUUAUUUGA